AUGGGGCUGAAGCCUUCGGAUUCGUCGGCCUCUGGGCCUCGGCACGACGGCAAGUCUCACGUCAACCACAAGGGUCUCCACUGGCUGAUGGCCGCCGUUUUCGUCGUCGGCGACAUGGCCGGCGGCGGCGUCCUCGCCCUACCCAACGCCCUUGUCUCCACGGGUGCAGUUCUGCUCUUUCAUAAUCACUUUAUUGUAUAUUAGUUCUUUCAAACUUGUUCAGUGUUCAGUUUCCUAUUUUCACAACCUAAUUUUAUAAUCAAUUUCAGUGUUAGCCAAAAAUACUUUUCUAUGAAACACCAGUAAGAAAAAAAGAACUCGGAAUUUAAAAAUUGAAGCUGGAACUUUGUUCAUGGCUAGGCAUUUUAUUUUCCAACAAGCCUUCGCCAUUCAUGAGGUCGACCCUCGAAAAGGCUAACUGGCCGGCUCCUGAAGCUUUCUCUUACAGGACUCGCGGUCGGAAUCGGCAUAAUUUCGGUAUGUUCUGUGGCAACCGCGUACACGGGUCUACAGCUUUCUUUCAACUGGAAAAUGAUGCAAGAAAGGUGGUCCGAGUACCGUGAGGAGUGAGUUUUUCCUUCAAAUUUGUUCCUUUUUAAUUUUCUCACAGAUGUCGCCGACCAUACGGAGAGAUGGCUUUUCGAGCAGUCGGACCCAAAAUGAGGUCAGGGAUGCAGAUUAGCAAGAUAAAAACCGUUUUUGGCUUUUGGGUUAAGUUGUACCCCCGUGCAAAGUUAAAAAAGUAAAAAAAAACAUUGUUCAAUUUUUUGUUAAACUUUCCUCCCAUUCAGUUCGGAGUAACUCUAAACAGCAAGGUCUGAGCUUUUAGAGUUUUGAAGAAAGUUGGUGAGUGUCAAAGCUGAAAACAUUUUUCAGAAAAAAGUUAGGAGCCUAUGAUUUUUCAAAUUUAGCCAAAACUUUGCUCCAAUAUUGGAAAAACCAAGUGUCCUGAGCUUCUAAGCGUGAGCUUUCAUGUUAUGAACGACUUUCAACUUCAAAUGGUCUCUGAUAGUCGCAAUUUAAAACAAACAAAAAAUGUUUUCAAUUUCAAAUUUUCAGCAGUCCCCUUUUCAAAACUGGUUUUUUUAACCGACAGAAAAACGUUCUUUAAAAGAUUUUUUGAACGCUCACGUUACCAGCGACGUUGUGUUCAGAAUAAUUUAUUUUUUUCUCCUAAAAAGAGUAUUUGAAGCUUGAUGUAAAGUUUUUCAAUUAUCCACUUACUCGAAGUUUUGGGUUUUGAGCUUAUAAAUUUUAUAGUUUUUGAAUUUUUAUGUAUAUGCGUCUCGAUUCACAAGUGUUUUACAGAACGGCGGUGACAGUAGCGAUGUGUGCGACGCAGUUCGGAUUCGCAACUGUUCUCGUUUUGUUGGCGUCGAAGAACGUCUCUAUUUUGCUGCACUUCUUCUUCAGCAUCGACAUUUCCAUGUGCUACGUUAUCCUUCUAGUCGCUCUUCUCAUCUGGCCAGCGACUAUGCUCAAGAGCCCGAUGCAUUUUUGGUAAGCUUGAUUUGCAGUUCAAGUUUCAUUCCUCUUAAGGCAAGUGGCACUUUUUUCGGCUGGAUCAAGUACCUUUUUUGUCAUACUCCUCCUCAUUGGAAUGAGCCACGACGCGCCUGUUUGCGCAAAAGUAAGGUCCUUCAACAAACUUUUUUUCAUAUCUUUUUCUUCAAGGAAGUGGCUUAUAACGACUUCGACUUGAUCAAGUUCUUCAUGGCCUACGGCACGAUAAUUUUCGCCUUCGGAGGGCAUUCGGCGUUCCCCACCAUUCAGCACGACAUGCUCAAACCCGCGCACUUCUCCAAGUCCAUUCUCCUCGCUUACACAUGUGAGUUCUUUUUUUUAAUACAAAAACAAAAUAUCGUCUUACAGUAAUCACAAUCUACUACCUAAGCGUGUCUAUCAUGGGGUACGAGGUUUACGGUGGGUCUGUAGGAGACGCCGUCAUUCCUUCGAUACAACUCAUGUGGCUUCAACAAACGGUUAUUGGUUUUAUGAAAAUAUUGUGCCGAAAAACAUUGUUGAGCUAAAGAAAAUGGCCUUUUCUCGGUCUCGAUUUGCGUCUUGCUCGUCGAGGAUCAUCAAUUUUUAAUUUUCUACAAAUGAAUCAAAGGUGCUAUUCUGAAGAAACUUCGGAGAUUUCAGGCGAACAUAUUGAUCGCCAUUCACGUCAUCACCACGGUCGUCAUUGUUUUCUCGCCCCUCGUGCAGGAAGUCGAACAACUUCUCCACGUUCCUCACCGUUGGUUCUUUUUCAAUCCAGGAAUUAGAAGACUUUUUCGGCUGAAGAAGGUGUUUGCAGACUUCGGAUGGAAGCGGUUUGUCGUCCGGUCAAUCCUUUUCUGGCUUGUCAUUUUCGUAGCUCUUUCUGUCCCUCAGUUCGGUCCUUUAAUGGAUUUGGUUCAUCGAAACCUUUUUUCUUUGAAACCAAGACCUUUCCAGAUUGGAGCAUCAACCAUGUCACUGAUGACAAUGAUCUUGCCAGCGGUUUUCUACUUGUCUUUGAGAGCCUCAACCGAAAAGCGGAGACGAAGGUUGGCCUCUGGGGAUGCGAAACCGGGAGAAGAGGAUGACGAUCGGGUGACUGUCAAAGAGUCUCUUUAGCCUGACAAAGCAUUUAUCCAUGAUCUGAUUUCAGAAUCUUCGAAACCACCCCCAAAACAAUUCUUAUCGCCAACAUAGCGCUUUUGUGUGAGUCUUCGGAAAUCGGAACACCGCAAUAACGCGUAAUUCAGCCUUUGGAAUAAUCGGAGGGACCAUAGCAACGGUAUCUUCGCUCAUAAAGCUGACGGACUCAACCAUGUCAGCGCCCUGCUACGUCCAAUACUUCACUAACGGUCCAUAAAGGCCCGAGUUCAGUCUCUAUUUUCUCCACCUCUUCAGGUCUUCCUUUUUCCUCGGGCAACGUCGGAAUGGUCAACUGCUGCGGUCGCUUCCGCAACACGACUGUCGGCAAUAUAUCUGCCGAUGGUUUCUGUUCGGUGGCCAAAAUUUGA